AUGGCCGCGAAGAGGACUGCACCAAAGACAGAACAAGAACAGAUGAACGAGAGAUUACAACGAUCAGAGAAUCUAUUAAAUAAACUCGAUGAAGAUGACUCGAAAUCGAGAAAAGUGUGCGGUGUUGACUACAUUGACUCGCUCGUGGAUGUCUUGGGUCUGAUGAAAAUCGAAUGGACAGGUCGAGCGUGUUAUAUCCGCACGAUGGACGGAAAAAAUAAUUCUGAGAAUAUCCUCGCAGAACCGCCACUGCCAUAUAUUUAUCUCUCGGAAAAUCCCGCCCCCGAAAUGGUCUCGCAUUUGGUCAAUCUCUAUUUUGUCCACGUUCAUCCGUACGUUCCAAUUAUACACAAAUCCGACUUUUUGAGUCGCCUUAACGACAAGAGUAAUCCGAACUCACCACUGCUACUUUGCUCCGUUUUGGCUAUGGGCGCGAGAUACUCUGAUGAUCCAAAUGUCCGUCUUGAUCCUGCGAAACCGGAGACUGCCGGACUUAUCUUUUAUAACAGAGCAAAAGAACUGCUGGAAGAUUUCAUGGAUGCGCCAAGACUAUCUACGGUGCAAUCGCAACUAUUAAUGCUAAAAUUCCAGGAGGGUAUCCGACGAUCAGGUUUCUUUUUUAGAAGUUGGUUAUGCUUUGGCCUCAUAAUUCGGAUGGCCCAAGCUCUGGGACUAGAUAGAAAUUACGAUAAAUGGGAUGCGCACAUAUCCCGGGCGGAUAUGAUUACUCGAAAGCGUGUAUGGCAAACUUGUUUCGUGUACGAUCAGUUUAUGAGUGGUGCACAAGGUCGAGAUUUUGCAAUAUCGUUGCAAACCGCGGGUAUUGAACUUCCUACAAAAGAAGAUUUCGAGGACGAGCAGGAACUGCAGAUUCAAACGGAUUUUGUGCAUUUUGUGCGCCUGACAAGAAUCCUCUCCGGCGUUAUAUCAAGUAUCGUGCCAGUGGGCUCCGGAUCUUCACAUCCAAACUGGUCAUCAAAUCCGAAGCUCCAAAUCCUAGACACGGCACUGGAUGCCUGGUCACAAGCAUUACCAUCGAGACUCCGGUGUCAACAGCCCGCCGACAAUAAUAAUGGCCUAGUACCUCAAGCUCCGUUCUCACACUUUGCUGGGUUCCUCAACAUUCUAUAUCACACGGUGUCCAUACUACUUCAUCGACCUUACAUAUCGAGCAUGGAUUACGGAAGGGUUUCUCAAAACAACGUAAAUCACGCGAAUAUAUGUACGAUGGCGGCAAAUAGCAUAUCACAAAUCUCGCAGAUAAUGAAUGAUCAAUGGGGAUCAUUUGUUUUUCAAUAUCCAAUUCGUGGGGGAAAUUAUGGGACAUAUUGUUUGGUGGCGGCUUCAAUGAUCCAUUUGGUCAACAUGUCUUCUCCUGAUCUGCGGUUCUCUCAACCAGCGCAUGACCAUUUUCUGUCGGCAUUGGAAGCCCUAAAGAUGUGCAUUGAGCAUAGUGCCGCAUGGGAUCUGCGCGAUAAAGUCCAGGCACUGGAAGCCGCGUUCCACGCACGCAAAACGUGUCAACCUUAUGGACUAAUAUUUCACCCUGGCUCACAUCCGGGAUCACCUGGAGCCAAUGUUCACAUGAAUCGACGAAGGCCUCAGAUGCCAAGGAGACGCACGAACAUGCCAAAUGUGCAAGAUUCAAAUGCACUGGCAGAUGAAAAUGGCAACUUAUUAUCGAACAGUUUUCCAGAUAAUUUUUCACAAUUUUCGCCACAAUCUUCAUCGCCACCACAUUUCCACGAGAGGUCUUUGUACAUGCUGACAGAAGAUUCGGACCAUAACACGCUCACCAAAAAUUUUGAGUUUAUCCCACCACAAGAUUCGAGGGACGAAAAUUCACUACUCACCACACCGAUAAGUCACAUUCCAAUGGCCGGACUCACCGGGCCAAUUGCCAAUCAGUUCAACCCGUUAAUCUCAUUGGAUAAUGCUAAACGACCAUUUGACGUGAACGGAUUAAGCGCCAAUGGAACAAUCUGGGAUCCGAAUUCAUUGUUUUUAUGGACAAAUACAAACGGACAACAUAUUUGGACAGAAAAUGGCGGAAUUAGUCCGUUAAGCGCAAACACCCCCAUAUCGGCCGCCUCGCCACCAGAAAAUCAAACACCGGAACAUGGAUCGCCAUAUUCCCACGGAUCUCCCGAAGGAUCAGCCGUCGACCCCGUAGUCGUGGCGUCCCAAAAUCAUGAAGAAGUUAUAUUAACCCCUGAAAGUGUAGCUUGGUACGGUACCACGGUUUAA